AUGGCCAGUCGAAUCGGAACAUUUUUUUCUCAUACGGCCUAUUUUACAACUGUCCUUAUUUUAACAGUCAUUGGAUCAGCAUCAAUCGUCAUCGGAUUUAUUGGUUUAGGUCUCUAUAUUCCCACUUUAAAAAAUUACGAAUCAUACGCCCAAUCAACAUGUACAAUAAUUGAUCACGAAUAUGACAGUUGCGGCCAUGGAAUUUCUCUAUCAGCUACAAGUUGUUUCUCGGUAAUGUGGUCAGUUCAAUACACUGUUUCAAAUUCUGCAUCGGAUAGUUAUGUAUUUUCAACAAUAACACAAAUUUAUCAAGAAUCCGUCGACGCAUUGAAUCGAUUGAACGAAUAUCAAGUUAACACAAACUAUACGUGUUAUUAUCAGAAAAAUAAUCUGACAAAUGUUCAAUGGGACGAACCACCAUUAGCUACACCUUUUCUGAUCAUGCUGAUUGUUGGAUUUAGUUUUGCAAGUGUAUAUUUUGUUGUUAUUGGGAUUAUUCUCAUAUGCCGAUGUCGAACACGAAAUAAAUGA